AUGUUGUGCAAAACACUUGCAUUCGUAGCACUCGUUCAUACCAUAAGUGCCGCCGUAUCGGAAGCUCCGGUAGAUUUUAGCGAUCAUAAAAUUGUUAAAAUAUAUCCCAAAUAUGACACAGAUUUGCAACAAUUACAUCGACUCCAGCGUAUAUUUAGUUCAAAUGUGGACUUUUUCGCUGAUCCCACGCCAGACAUGAGUCCCUUCACGGCUCUCGUCGGACCCGACGGCCGAUUUCUACAGGCGUUGAACGCGUCGGACAUCUCAUACGAAGUGGUCGUCAAUAGCUUCCAGUCAGUGAUUGAUAGGGAACGGGAGGCCAACACUAGACCGUCGAGUCAAGUGGGCUUUGAUUACGACAACAAAUACAAUACAUACGAAGAUAUCACGACUGAACUGAAGAGGAUUGGAUCCGCAGGAAUACACGCGAGAGAAUGGGUGGCAGUGGCCGCCUGUUUAUGGGUAACAAAUCAAUUGGUGACCACAACUACUUAUGAUAAUCUGUUGGAUAAAUACGAGUUCAUAAUUGUGCCGACGCUUAACCCCGACGGUUAUGUCUACACUCACACCGUAAACAGAAAAUGGCGUAAAACACGGUCAAAGUCGGGCCUGUGUUUUGGUGCCGACCCUAAUAGAAACUGGGACGCCGCGUUUUGCGAAACGGGUGCCUCGACUGACCCGUGCGAUGAUAAAUACUGCGGCAAAUCAGCCUUUUCUGAACCCGAGACUAAAGCCAUGUCUGAAUUGAUCGCCACUAAGGCCUCCAAUACUGCCGGCUAUUUCUCAAUUCACUGCUUCGGUCAGCUGUUUAUGUAUCCGUGGGGUCAUAAAGCGGGUAAUCCACCCAAUUAUGCCCAAUUGGAUAAGUUGGCUCAUUUGGGUGUCGAUGCUAUUAAAGCGACAAAUAAUGUCACAUAUACUCCUGGUGGAAUUUCCAAAACUAUUUUUUACGACAAGCUUAAAAUUCAAAUGGCAUUUGCGAUUGAGCUACGACCGGACCGAUCCCACCCUGAUGGAUUCAUAUUGGAUCCCAAGUUUAUCAAACCAGUCUCUACUGAGGCCUGGAAUGGACUCCGCGCUGUCAUCGAGAAUCUUGAUAAAUAAUUAAUGUGCUUUUUCAAUAUAAUUAUUAAACUUUUAAUUAUAUUUAAAUAUUGAUUCUAGAAUAAUAGUCGCAAUUAUAAAAGACA